UUUGAAGUUGGCAGAGGACGUAAACUUGCAGCCUCGUUACCAUUACGAAUGGAUCCACCGCAAAUAUAUGGACUAGCGUGUUCCACAUGCUUGAAAGCUUUCACCACUAAAAAACAGUUAAACCGUCACAUGUCCACGCAUGACGUCGAUGCGAAGGUGAAAUGUGAGAUCUGCAGGAAAAUCUUUAAAAAUCCAGUAUACUUAUCCAUCCACAUAAAAAUGCUUCACACUCCGCGGGACCGGCCCAGUUGCGACACUUGUCACCGUACAUUUUACACACCUGCAACUUUGCGGAGGCACAUUGCUUCCGUCCACAACACGAAGGAACGGCCUCGGUUCCCAUGUGGGUUUCCCCGCUGCGACAAAUCCUACCUGUCGAAAAACAUUGUAUCGCAACACGUAAAAACUGAACAUACCGAAAAUGCGGUCCGAUUUCCUUGCCCGCUUUGCGGUAAAGAGUUCAAGAAUAGAUACAAGCUUGAGAGGCACAUUUCCACCCACACGAAGGAGAAAGCGUACAGUUGUUCCACUUGUGGGAGGAGUUUCGCGGAAUUAACAGAUGUGAAAUGUCACGAGGCUACACAUUUGGAAAAAUCGACCCGUUGGAUUUUCAAGUGUGAACUUUGUGGUCAGGCUUUCUUCUAUAAAUCUCAUUUACAAAGCCAUAUCCAAGUUGUACAUGAGAAUCAGAGGAAUCAUCCGUGCACAAUUUGCGACAAAAGAUUCUCGACCUCGGGAAAUAUGAGAGAUCACGUGAUGGCCGUACAUUUCGCGUGUGAGGAGAAGACUCAUUCCUGCGACAAAUGUGAAUACAGAAGCCACUCCAAGGCAAAUUUAGCCAAUCACGCGAGACGUCACAAUCCUGCGACUCGACGAGAAUGUUACUUCUGCAGGAAGAAGUUUGUCUGGUUUUCGAGUUUAGUGAGACAUUUACGUCGUCAUACGAUCGAAUCCAUUUAGAUAAUUUUUGACGUUCGACUUGUGACAAGAUCAACGACAAAUUAUGUAUGUAGACAAGGCUCUUGUUUAUAUAAUUUUAUUAUUAGGCCAAUAAUAAUGUGUUCACACUUAUGAUAUUAAAUAUGUACAUACACCUAUGUAACUCAAAUAAAAUUUAAUACAAUACUUUGUUAUACUGCCUUAUUUAAUAA